AGCCACUCUGGGUCAAGCUUCCGAACCGCGCGUUGCCCACUUUUCUGCGGGCCUGCGUUGGGGCCAUGGAGCUCCGCGCGGUCGCGCGAUGGACGGUGGCCUCGCGACUGCGCGCGCCGCUGACCAGUCCCCAGAGGCGACGUCGUGGUGGUGGAGGUGGCCUCGGUCUUCGGCCUCUGGCCCGGGAGGUCCGUGCUGCUGCUGGGCGAGGGGAACCUCUCCUUCGCCAGAGCUCUGGCGGCGCUCGGCGCCGCCGGGUGCGUGAUCGUGGCCACGACCCUGGAGACGGAGGAGGAGCACCAGGCGCGCUUCCCAGGGGCCUCGGCCGCAGCGCUGGCCGAGGGCUUGGAGGUGUCGCACGGCGUGGACGCCACGGCCAUCGCGGCCACCCUGCCCGAGGGCCGCUCGCGCCCUUCGACCGCGUCAUCUUCCAGUUCCCGCAGCACCCCGAGCGCCGCAAGAUCCACAGGCACCGCGAGCUGCUCCGGCGCUUCUUCGCCAGCGUCCUGCCGCACGUCGCCGAGGGCGGCGAGGUGCUCGUCACGCUGUGCGGCGGCCAGGGGGGCACGCCGGCCGAGCGCGAGCCGCGGAAGGCCUCGGACACGUGGCAGGUGCAGGACGCGGCGGCGGAGGCGGGCCUCGUCCUGGCCGCGGUGCACGCCUUCCCCGCGGCCGCCCUGGCCUCGCUGGGCUACAGCUCCACGGGCUACCGCGGCAGCGGGCUCCGCGCGAGCAACUCUGGGCUCCACCAGGACCGGCCGUUCUGCGUCGACGGCGGCCUCACCCACGCGUUCCGCGCGGAGGGCGCCGGCGCGGUCGCGGCCUUCCCGCUGUGCUGGAGCCACGACGUCAGCUUCUGGGCCCGGACCGGGUUCGAGGAGGCCGACUUGCUGUGCGCCCUUCGCCAUGCUGGUGGCGGCGGCCCGCUGGAGGUCACUGCGGAGCUUCUGGACGAGUACCACCGCCCCGAGGACUUCAGGGCGGCCAGGACGUACCGCCUCUCCGUGUGCGCGCGCGACAGGGCCGUGUCGCAAAAGGCGUGGCGGCACUGGUGCGAGAGCGCGCGGGCGGAGAUGGAGCGCCAGGCCGAGGCCGAUGCCGGCGCGCCCUCCGCGGGGCCGGGGCCGCCCUCGGCCUGCGAAGCCACCGCCGCCGCAGCCGCGGCCGCGUGCAAGAAAUGGCGGCACUUGGGCGGCAAGGCGUGUGACUUCGAACCAGCCCACCUGGUGUUGGGCGAGUGCCAGGUGACGCUGUAG